AUGAGAAGAAGUAACUUCAUGAAGUUGGCUCAGAUCACUCCUGCUAAUCGUUCAACCCUUACUACAAAGCACAACUUUACAUCUACAUCUACGAAUCACAACUUCUCAGAAGACCAACUGUCACAGGAUACCAAGGUUGCUGAUAUGACUGAUGAUUUGCCAAUACAAGGGCAUCUGAAGGAACACACAUUCAAGUCUUUAGGGCUUAAGAAAGCUAAAACAACAGACAGAUCCAAAGAUGCUGUUGGCUCAGAUGUCUCUUCAAAAUUGCCUCAAAAUAUAGGGUCAAGAGCUUUGGCCAGAUACCAAUAUGAAGGAUCUACACCUGAACCAAAGAAAAGCACUACAACAACAGCAUGCGGAAAGAAUGAGGCAACCUGUGAAAAGUCUGAAGGCCAGGAAUCUAACUCAGGGCUAGCGUUCUUGAAGCUGGCUCAAGAAAAGCUUAGUUGCGCAGAGUACAAAGAGUAUGUUGAAUAUAUGAAGGCCUUAAAAUCGAAAACUAUGCAUAUCAAGGACUCACUUGAAGCAAUAACAAAGCUUUUUUCGUCCCCAGGAAAACUUCCACUUCUUGAAGGGUUCAGGGUUUUUGUUCCAAAGAACCAUCUUCCAUUAUAUGAGCAGCUUGUUCGAAGAUAUAGUGUUUGUAGUUCAUGA